AUGUCGAACCGGUGGAACCGCAGCAGCAGCAGCUGGACUGAAGAUGACCAGUUCCUCAAGAACUUCAGUGUGGGCUUCGACCAGCCGUACUCGCACUCCAGUUUGCGCGGCGGUCGGGAUUCCUACACUCGGACAGGAAGGCUGUCCAUCCCUGAUGUUCCCGAAGUGAAGCAGCGGCUUCACCGCAUCAUUGCGAAGAAGUUCACUGAAAUGCGCCCGCUCUGCUGGGUAGAGAUGCACACGCCAUAUUACCCCUUCUACGAAGACAUCGAUAUCAUUGGCACCAACCGCAAGGAGGACGACCCUCCUGAGAACUUGCUCAUGAACUCGAAGGAGUUCUGGAAUCUGCGUGCCGAGAUCUUGCAUCAGCUAUUCCCUGAGGUACGAUGUCUCGAGUUGACACUCUACAAAGCCAGCGGCUGGAACGUCCAAAAAGGAAUCAACAAAGCCUCCUUCCAUACCGUCUGGAGCCAGCUCAUCGUGGACAAGGAGCGAGCGGAGGCGGUCCGCAAGACCACGGUGUCAGA